CAAUGAAUAUGCCUAAAAACUGGCUACAAUUUCAGACCUCUAUUGUCAAGCUCGUCGUUCAAAGAUUAAACCAAAAGCUGAUUAAAAAAUGUCAACGCAGUCGAAUCCUGUUUACAUUGGCUCACGAAAAUCAGGCACGGAUGUUGAGCAAUUCUACAAGGAAGCCUUGGAAAAUGCUUCCAAUUUCAACUCUAGGAUGAUGUCAGAACGGAAGUUGAGGCUUCCGUUUCUGGACUCCCAGACCGGUGUUGCCCAGAACAACUGCUUCCUCUGGUUCCAGAAGCGUCAUAGAGCUCAGGGCCAGGAACGGGGCCAGCUGUAUACCUACCCAUCCAGGAGAUGGAGGAAGAAACGCAAGAAUCACCAGCCAGUCCCUGUGGAGAUUGCAGAUAGUAGGAUUCUUGCUGAAGCUUUAGGCGCAGAUCUUAGUGAUUAUUCAGGCGAGGUACCAGUAGAGACAGCUAUCAACCCAGAACAUGACCCAACCCACAGCUAUGGAGGCAUCACCAUCCAUCCGGUCCAUCAAGAAUCUGAGGAUAUCCUGAGACACCUGGAAGCUGUGGAUGUCUUCCCAGAUGCUGGCGAGAUCGACAGACCAGGUUCAGAGAGCGACGAGGACUAUGAGGUGUCUGCUCGCAAGAAGAAGCAGAAGAAGGGUCGUGGUACUGGAGGAGGAGGAGGACGUAGAUCAAGGGGAGGAGGAGGUGGAGGAGAUGGUGAGAUGCCACUACUAACUGCUGAAGAUAAACCAUUUGCAUGUAAAGUAUGCAAAAAGCGGUAUAAGAACCGUCAGGGUCUGAGCUACCACACGCAGCACACUCACCAGGCCGAGUUAGAGACCAGCAUGGAGGAGAAUGACUCGCAGCCCUCACCCCUGGAGCCUGUGGCCGAUCCACGUAAGCAUCCAGUCAAGAACAGUAUGGAUCUAGAAGCUACCUCCGUGUCCGCUGUGACAAGCGCAAGCGAAGAUAGUUUAGGCGAAGUAUCCAAGUCCAGUAAAGGAGGAGGCGGACCAGAAACCAACAACUACUGUGACUUCUGCCUUGGUGAUGCUACAGAGAACAAGAAGACUCAGACACCAGAAGACCUCAUCUCCUGUUCAGACUGUGGUAGAUCAGGUCAUCCAACCUGUCUCCAGUUCACUGAUACCAUGAUUCAGAAGGUCAAAGGUUAUCGCUGGCAGUGCAUCGAGUGCAAGUCCUGUGGACUCUGUGGCACUUCAGACAAUGAUGACCAACUGUUGUUCUGCGAUGACUGUGAUAGAGGAUACCACAUGUAUUGUCUCAAUCCACCGAUGCAGGCACCACCCGAAGGGAGCUGGAUCUGUGACCUGUGCAAGGUGUGAAAACAAGUGUGCACCAUCUCCACUCAUUUUUGCCGAACCAUAAGAAGAUAAUACUUCAACACCCUGACUUAAAGACGUACAUUACAUUUGAAUGCUACAGUAUACACAUUGAUCAAUAUUUUUGCCAAAUGCCAACCGAGGCUGAAUGUGAUUGUUGUUAUAAGGUGAAUUGAGCUUAACUUGAGGAAAGGGUAUGACCAGUGGAACAUUCAAAUUGUUCUACUGUGUAUGUCAUUAAAAGAUAGAUGUACUUGAAAUGGUUUAUAUUGAAGACCCACUUGCAGAUUGUGAAAAAUUUGUUUGUUCUGUCAAGUUACCGUGUUACAAGUGUCGUUGAAGUAUAAACAUGCUUUGUUAUGAAAAUGAGUGCAUUACUAGCAUUUCCUCAUGGUUAUUUAUACAUUUUGUCCCUUCCCAAAGGUCUUCAUUUGUAGCGCAUGUAUGUAGAAAAUAAUAUACAUGUACAUGUAUAUAUUAUAAAAAUCAUGUAACCUGAAUCUACCCAAUAGACCCACUGAGAUAAUGCAAAUUUUGGCUCAAUUUCUGCUUUGAUCAAAACUAAUCAACUCAAUAUGAUCAUCUUCUGUUCAUAGUUUGUACAUGUAUGUGGUAUUGUUGGCAGUGCUAAUGCUGUCUUGCCGAAUAUGUUGUAUUCUUGAAGAGGAAGCAUGAAGAAUGUUAUUUUUUUAGUUGGUAAUAUUUCGAGUAGCAAUUAGUGUAGAAGUAUUAUAGAUAAGCUGUAUAAUAUUUAUUCAGUCAUCAUUUUAGGUAGUUUUUGUUGUAUGUGCUGUAUAUAUUUCCGUGGUCCACAUUCCACUGUGACCUUGCCAGAACGGCAUUAAUGUGAAAGCCAAAAUUAUUAAAGCAAGUCUGUUCCAAAUCGA